UUAAAAAGCACUUUAAGCACCCAAAAGAACCCCCCACUUACCGUAACAGGUGCACCACAAUUUCUUCAAGCAUAACAGAGUAACUCGCUACUCACUGACCGGUACAGUCGCUUGCAGUACGUCAGAGGUACCUUUUGCUCUUCUGGUUCCGUUUCGACGUAGCGAUCUGACGGAACCUCGAGUUCGAAGCGGGAAAGUGACUUUCUGGGGAAGUUUUUUGGUGCGAUUUGCCAAUCGCCAUGAGAGCGGGCGGGCGUUUGAAUUUUCAUCCCGAAGUUCUUCAGCUAGUUGCCUGUUGAUUCGCUGGAGAGUUCAACGGGCGAUGUGGUGACAAACGGUUAACAAAAUCGUUGGUUCCAUAGUCGCAUGACUAACUGUUAGGACAUGAUUGUUAAAUAAACUUUUUUCCUGAUUUAACUGAAACCUCCCAGUACGACUUGGGAUUGUUUAAACUUUGAACCAAAGGCUAGAAAAUUGAAAUUGUUACUUAAAUAGUUUAGCGCCAGUGUUUUCUCUAUUGUGCUUUGGAUACUGAGGAUAUACUUUGUGUGUGAGGCGAACUCAGUUUUGGUUCCAGUGCGUUGUUUUUCCACCAGUUCAAUCAUAGAUAGUAGUAUGAUUACAAUGGAGUGUCAACCAGGGGGUCACGGAGGACACCUGGGGCACUCCAUGUUGAUGGACCACACCAACGCCAUGCACCAGCAGGAGCAGGAGCACAAGAAGAAGCGAGACGGCGGAUCGCAUGUGGGAUCCUCAACUGAUGGUCAUGGUGGUGUUAAUCAGCUGGGUGGAGUGUUCGUAAAUGGACGACCAUUGCCAGACGUUGUUCGACAACGAAUCGUCGAAUUAGCCCAUAACGGAGUCCGGCCCUGUGAUAUAUCCCGGCAACUUCGCGUGUCCCAUGGAUGUGUCUCGAAAAUCCUCUCCAGAUGGAACCUCCCCUGUUCCAGGUACUACGAGACUGGCAGUUUCAAGGCGGGAGUGAUUGGUGGUUCCAAGCCGAAAGUUGCCACCCCCCCAGUGGUAGACGCAAUUGCAAACUACAAGCGAGAAAAUCCCACAAUGUUUGCAUGGGAAAUUCGCGAUCGGCUGCUGGCUGAAGGCAUCUGUUCGCAGGAUAAUGUGCCCAGUGUCUCGUCGAUAAAUAGGAUUGUUCGGAAUAAGGCAGCAGAAAAAGCGAAACAUGCGCACCAGGUGGCGACCAGCGCUGGAUCGUCAUCGUCACCUGGUGGUCCAGUUUCCGUAAUCGCACAUGCGCCCUCCACCCAGUUGACUGAGGCCAGAUCAGGGGGCUACAGUAUAAACGGCAUUUUGGGGCUCCAGCACGAUCCGAACGGCAACAGCAUCAAAAGGAAACGAAUCGACGAUCACGCGCCCGAUGGCUUUGGUGUUUCAGAUGAAAAUCGAGAUCUCAAUGGACAUCAUGACGACGACAUUAAAAGACAAAGAUUCCAGUACAAUGGCGAUCCCCUAUGUUCCAAUCUUUGGCCAUCGAGCAAAUGGUCGAUAAAGGAUGAGCACAAACUUCUUUCGGAACUGGGCGGGGCUGGCACUACGACAGGUCAAACGGGCGGCUAUUAUGACCCCCAUGGGGGUUUUGCAGGCGUGACUGGGGUCACUUCGGCUGCGGACAUCUACGACACCAUCAACACCAUGAGCCAAGCAGGCCAGAACCUCUACACGCCGCCACUGGCCGGAUCACUAGGUUCGAGCUCGUUAACACCGCUGGCGCCCAUUACUAUGCAUGAGAUGAAGAUCGAGACAACGAGACUGAUGGAUCCCACCAAAUAUGAUCCGUCCAUGUCGCCAUACCAUUCUGUAGCCACUGAAAACAACUCGCCCUACAACAUGAAUACCGUCGAAGGCUCAUCUCCGUCCAUCCCUUUGGCGAUGCCGGCAGAGCCGCCCACCAGUCAAGCGGCUGGAUCUCCUGAUCCUGCCGCUCUCACAGUGUUGCAGCCUAGUGGGAGUGGCCAACACUACAGCACAAUGUUGCCGAGUUUCACCGGGUACUCAGGUACGACAGUAGUUCCAGGUACGGAUUACGCCUACAGUACAGCAUACAGCCAGUAUGGUGCAGCUUACGGUACAUAUGGAUACGGAUCUGCAUCCAGCGGGUUACUCAAUUCGUACUACUACACCAACAACGACAUCGCGAUCACUAACCCAGAUGAGCAGACCAGCAGGAGUCCAACGGCGGCCACAAGAGCCAACUCUUUGGCACCAGCCAAUUCGCCCACUGAAAGUGGCAGCGCCUGUCUGAAAACCGAAGCGAUUUACCCGCACGAACUGAACAUGGGGUAAAAACGGGGCCAAAACGUAGAGAAAAUUAAUACUAUUAUUUUGUAAAAAAACACAAGAAAAGGUUGUUCUAAUUUGAGUUUGAGUGUGUUCCCCACGACUAUCUCGUGAUGAUCUGUUCGUAGUGUAAGAAAUGUGUAAAAAAUUGUACAAAUUUGACGAAUCAAGGCGAAACUUUUACCGGAAGUACAGACUGAUUUUUCACACUUAACCCGAAAAUGGCACAAAUAUCGGCUUACUUUUGGCGUAAACUUUCAAUCACACUGUAGAAAAUAAAAAUACCAUUUACUCGGCAGGAAAUUCCAUCUUGCCAAGAAGUGUUUCAGUUCCAAUUUUCCCUUAAGCACAUCAAAGGGUUUUUCCGUUUAAGCUCCGCAUGAAGUGAAAAUAUCCAAGAAAAAACCUUCAUUUCAAACCAACUUAUGUAACAUUUGUUCAAUUCUUUGAUGUGCCUUCAAAAAGUGUUAUCGGAAUCAUUUAACAAAGCGCUUACCUCUCGAUUGAUAUGAUCAUUUUUCUCUAUUUAUUGAAACAAAAUGUUAACAAAUGAGUCUCGAAAUAAAUGAUCAAAUAAAUCGAGUGGCAGCCAACUAAAAAAAUGAUCGACUUUUGCUUAAAGAAAUGCAUUUCUUCUCACAUUCAAUAUACCGACAGAUAGUCAUUCUGGUCUCACCUGAAAACUUAAUACGAUCAGACGGCCACACCCCGCGACAUGUAUCAGAAUCUUUAUUGUACUUAAUUGUUUUAUUUUUUUCUUUAUAGGAUAUUUUAAUUAAUAUAUUUUAUUUUUAUUCUAGCUUAGUUCACACCAAAGAAUUGUUAGGAAUUAAAUUCGAAUCUGUACAGAUAGCGCACAUUCAGUAUCAUAUCAAAAUUGCGUAGCCUCGUUUUAAGGGCUACCCGAUUUUUCAUUUCGUAGAUUUGUAGUUGUUUUGUAAAUUUUAUGUGUUGCACCAUUCAUUAUCUCUCUGAUUUUAUUUCAUUCAGUUUCGAGGAAUUUUCCAUCCACUGACCCUGUAUUUAUAUAUUCCGCCUUAGAAACGACAAAAUAUGUUAUUUUAUCAACGAAAGUUUUAUUGAAUAUUGUAAACUAGUCAGACACCGAACCGUACUUGAUAACUUCCAAUGUCAUCGCAUUAUUCAUUGUCGACUAACGCUCUGAUGAAAAAUAAGUUGGGAAACAUCAACAGCUUGCAUUUCUGAUCACCGCUUUGGGACUUUAGAAUGUUUCUAAAAUCCAAUAGCGGCUUUUUGAUUCAAAAAAUUUAAAAAUAUUCUUCAGGUAUGAUCCCUUAAGGCAUUAACGCUUGAACGGAAAAGAAGAGAAAAAGCAAUUAUUUACGUAUUUUGUUCAAGGGAUGGAGAAAUGUUUCAAACAUAGAAAAGACAGUAAAAACGAACUAAACCAAGAAAUGUUUUCCUCGCUAUUUUCAUCAGAGUUCAUUCGCCAACUGCAAAAAGCGUAUGAAGGCGAGUUUUCCGUUUCCAAAAUUCCCAUUUUAUUGUAAAGUAACUUCCAACAUCCAAUAUCACAGUGGUCAAAAUUCGCCUUCAUAUAGGCCCAACAGAUAAUUUUUUUUUUGUAAAUACCCCAAUUUUAUAAGGUUGUUCACGCUAUACGAUCUGAAAGAUUGGAGUUUUUCCUCAAUUUCUCUUCUUCAAUUCUCAAGCUAAUGUUGCCUUACUUAAACUGAAAAAAGAAUUAAUCUGUAAACGUUAUAAAAGCCUACGAUUUUUUAAUAUUUUUUCAUAUAAAUCCACUAGUAGCUACAAGGUAAAGCUUGGUUUUAAAGCUUAAAUAGAUGUUGAAAAAAUUGCGUUUACUGAAAGAACGAUUUUAGCAAGCAUAAAAAAUUAAUAAAUUUAGUCCAUUCAAAAACGCAACUUCGGAUUAAGGAACCAAAUAAGCCUGCACUCUGUGUUUUGCAGGUUUUUUAAAGUUUACCCCCAGUAUCCUCACAAUCUUCCGUGUCGUGUAGCGUAAUCCUACCCUAUGAAAUACACAGUUUCUUGGUUGAUGAUGACUUAAAAUUUCGUGCCGACUUAAAAGUAUUAUAUUUCAUGAGAACUAAUUUAUUUUUCAUAUUUUUUACCCUCAAUGUGUGUAAUAAUAUACCAAAGAGCCUACGAUCUGUUUUCGAAAGGGUCGGGCAUUUAAAAAGGUGAAAGGAUAUAAUAGUGUAUUAUGAAUGAAAAAAACACACACAGAAAUCCAUUUUCUCACUAGAAACCUUGCCCACAUUCGCAAAAAACUUAUGUAAAAACUGUUGAAAAUUGACGUAAAACAACCUCACUGUUCACUAUUCAAAUAUCCUUUCACGUUUUUAAGGUAUUGUAACUAUAUUGUAUUUAAAAAUGUGAUAGGCCAAAAUCGAUUUAGGCCCUAUAUAAAAUAUAUUAUGUACUUGCCCCUGAUAAGAAUGCAGAAAAAUAAGAAAUUUAAGAGUAUUUAAGAAAUUAAAUAAAGAACCCUGUCACAUUCACUCAUUUAGCUGUAGGCAGUUUAUAUUUAGAGAAAUAAAGAGAAUAAUGAAA